AUUGAUUCAGGCUGGCUUUCCUUCCUCCUCCCUCCGUCUCCCUUCGUCAAAUUCUUAAUCCGACCAAAAACCUCUGCAAAACUUUAGAGAGAGAAUCAGAGCUUUGAGAGAGAGAGAUGAGUUACGAGAGAGCUCCUCAGGACCCUUACCCUCCUCCAGGGUACCCGCAUGCUCAUUAUCCACCGCCGGGCUACCCAUCAGCCCCGCCGCCUCCAUACGAGGGGUACCCGCCUCCACCGCCAGUUGGGUACCCCUACCCUCCGCCACCGGGGCCGCCCCCACCUCGCCCACCGUUUGAAGGGUACCAGGGGUAUUUCGGCAAUUACCCGCCUCCCCCGUCGCAGCCCCAAUACCAGCAGUGCCAGCACUACGAACAUCACCACUACGAUGAUCAGCCGGGCUGUUUUUCCUUCCUGCAGGGCUGUUUGGCUGCCCUCUGCUGCUGCUGUAUGAUGGAAGAGUGCUGCUUCCUUCUGCGAUGAAGGCAUUAGAAUUGUUUUCUGGUGCAUCUUCUGGAAGCCUUUGUUAAGUAUGAAGUGUAUGUUUGGGCUGGUUACCCUUCUUUGUAAAGAGAUUUUUUAUUGUGUCAUCGUUUUAAACUUCAAAAUAGAAGCAUAGACUGCUAAUUAAUAAUAUUGUUUUUAUGUUAUCAUGUUCCUGUAUGAUUCUAUUUAUUGUCUUCUUUUAUGCCCAUUUCUCGGAACCUUCACUGAAGAUGUAUUUAUGUGGAUUUUAGUUCUGUUCUUUUCCUA